AUGCAUCAAUUUGAAACAAGUGAAAUUCCGACAGAUCAGACCAUCGAAACCGAUAUUAACUCUACACAACAACUGCUUGAUACAAAUAAUGAUUUAAAUAAUGGGCCUGAUUAUUUUGCAUGUUAUAAGACUCCUAAUGAUACAUACUUAGAUGUAGGUGAUGUAUGGGUAUCACCAGAUAAGAAAACUGUAGAAUUUGUAGUAGGUGAUAAAGUGAUACGGAAGUAUAGAUUUAAUGAACCCAUUAUAAAUGCUGGAUUAAUUCAAUUCGAGAAAGAACAACAUUCCUUGGCUAUAAUCUCACAAAAUACUGGACGUAUAUAUAAUUUAACCUCAGGAAAUCAAUCGAUUGUGUCAUUUCCAUUUCCUAUCGGUGCAGCAUUUUGGUAUAGUAAUGGGAUUAUAUUAGAGAGAACCAUUGAUGACCGAUUGGGUAACAUGGAGUACCCACAUAAAUACAUUACAUUGACUGAUCCUAUUGGUCCCUUUGGAUUAGUAUCAUUUGCAAACAAUCAAAUGGAUAUUUUGAGAUCAUCACGAAUGAUUACAUUUGCUAACUCUAAUUAUAAUAAUAAUUUUAGUGUCCUAUAUGAUAAUGAUACAAAUAUGUUACAUAUUUAUUAUACAAGGCUCUUAACAAAUGCAGCACAGAAAAUUAAUAGCAAUGAUAAAAUAACUUCCUCUUUACAGGGUAAUGAAAUAAAUAACUCAACUAUUAAUGAUAACUCCAAAAUGACCAAGAAUAAAUCCCUAAGAAGAAUACUUUCUUCGAAGAGAAGAGUGACAUCAACAUCAACAAGUGGAGCAUCAAAACUAUCAUCGCUUUCGAGUAAUAAUAGGAAUAAUAAUUUAUUAGCGUUAAAUUCAAAUGAUGCAGAUCCACUGUCACAAGUUCAAUUACCGUCCACAAAUAAUGAUAUAUCGAUAACUAUGGGUCGACUAUACAGCACCAAUUUGGCACAGGAAAAUCAAAUAAUUGGGGAAACGUUAGAUUCCACAACAAAUAAUAACAUGAUGAAUACAACACUAACCUCUUUGCAUUUGGACAAUAACGCCAUGUUACCCAACCCACAACAAGACGACUUGAUUAGUCAAUCUAUACUUUCCAAUGAUAUAUCUUUGGUUAAAGUAUCAUCGAUUUCUUUACCACAUGAUAUUCGCUUCUCAUCAGAUAAAAGGUUUCAUUCGCUCAGAUGCGUACCACUAAGAUUUCAUCAACAAGAAGCUCUGGUAUUCUUUGAUAGAGAAAAUAACUUUGCCAAAAUUUGGUCUAUAAAUAUGAUUCCAGAUGUUAUAAAUUCUACAUCAUUUAAAUUAUAUGGUAAUACACCAGAUAAUAUGAUCAGAUUAUCAAAUUUUCAAAAUAGUUUAUUAUACAACACUUUCAAUGAAACGUCUUCAUUCAUUACAGAUAUAACAACCUGCAAUAUAAUUAUGAAAAACGAUGAUAUACAAGGUACAUUAGCGCUUAUAUAUAACGAUAUUGACCUGAUUCUUUACAAUCCAUUCCUCGAAUUAUAUUCGCAUAUCAUACAUAUUCAACCUUCACAUUUUAAUAUUUUAGCAAAAAAAGAGGUAACAAUUAAGUCAUAUUUUGAAAAAUCAAUUUUCACACAUUUACAAAAUAUGUUAAUCUAUCCAACUAGUCGUUUUACUAGACAAUGUUUUACGGCUUUAAAUUUAAUAGUCCCAGAAAAUAUAUUCUUGUGCAUACUCUUCAUUUGGCAAUCCCUUAUUCAUAAUGGUGUAAUACCCAUGACCAAUGAUUUUUCACAUGAAUUCAAGGCACUCUCACACGUCAUUAAAUUAUUAUUAGAGUCAUGCUUAAUCGGAAAUAAUGAAUCCAUGGAUAGUCCUCUGCAAGAAAAUUCGGCCCUUCAAAUUUUAUUAAAUCAAUUAAAUAAUAUUAUUACCAUAAUUCCAAAGAUUAUAAUGGGAUUCCAUCUUAUAAGAGAGGAAAUAUAUUUGAAUGUUCUCAGAAAGAAUGAUUUAUUAUUACUGGAUGAAUUUUUGGGUUAUUCUGUAAAUAGAAUGAAUUGGCCAAUUCAGUGGCAAGAAUAUUACCAAACUGACAGCAUGCUCCAAGAAAAAAAACAUAAUUCGCAGAACAAUUACACACAAGCUAAUAUUUUUGCUCAUCCACUAGAUGAGCCUCCUUCUAUAAUGAAAUCCCUGUACAGCAUAACAGAAAACAGUCAAAUUCCACUCACAAAAUUUAUUAGCUUCUCAAGACUGGUAGAUUCAACUUCAGAGGUAGACAAUCUUAUAACCCCACGUUGCUUCAAAACUUUACGUUUAUAUGAGAUAAUUCAUUCUUCAGACUUCGCAAAUGAGUACAUUUUGGACAUACUUUCAGAGUUAAAAAUAUCAAACCACGAGAUCGAAACAUAUCCAAUAGGUAUUAUGAAACCACUGAAAGAAUUAUUGCAUUUGAUGGAAGAUAUUAUAGCCAAACCAGAACCAGACCUAAAUUUUACAUUAAUAUCAAGACCAGAUUUAGAGAGAAUUGUUACGAAUACCAAUGCCAAGAAAGCAAAGCAUGCAAAAUUAGAUAAUAAUUCCGAAGAUAAUAUCUUCAACUUUAAUUCCUAUCUAAAUAAUAAUGCCAAGAAAGAAACAACAUCUAACGUCUUUGAGGUUUUAGCUGAUAUAAUGCGAACAUCUCAAGGUUUAGAUAAUGAGUUGUCUACAAGGAAUGAUAACCCCGAGGAAGCAUAUAAUACCAACCCAGAACAAAUAUCAAACAAAAAUAGAGAUAUCGAAAUAAAACAGAAUUCAGAUUUGAUAUUUGGUGGGGAUCAGAGAUUCAAAGAUGCCUUAACUUUGGUAAAUAACUCAAUCCCUCAGCGCGUUCAUUUUAUCACAACAAGCACAGAAUACACUGCUGUAUUAGCCAAACGGAAAAUCUUUCUUCAAAUAAUCUCUCUACGGUUAGCAACAGCAGGCUUAGGGUAUGGUGCUAUGCUAUAUGGAACAGAGACACCUUUAUCUACACAAAAAUGGCAUAUCCCUGAAAUUUGCCACACAGUUAUAUUCUCUAACGGGAGUAGACUUAACAUUACAUCUCAAGAAACCUCCGAGAUAAUCUCUAAAUGGGGAAGUUUCCAUACAGGUGUCGCAUCUGGUCUAAAAAUUACAAGUAACUCUUCAGAAAUAACAGGUAGUUGGAUCGCGUUUAACAGACCCGUGGUAUUGAACGCUACAUUUGGAGGAUUCCUCCUUGGUUUAGGUCUAAAUGGUCAUCUUAAAAAUUUGGAAGAAUGGCAUAUCUAUAACUUUUUGAGUCCAAAAAUAACCUUCGUAAGUGUUGGUCUAUUACUUGGAUUAUGUGCCAGUUCAAGAAAGUCAAAGGACUUUAAGAUAAUUAAGGUCUUAAGUGUUCAUGUUGUAGCCCUACAACCACGUGGAUCUAGAGAUAUGAAUAUAAACGUAGAAGUCCAAAUUGCUGGCCUAAUAGGUAUUGGACUGAUCCUCCAGGAGUCUCAGAAUAAAAAAAUCAGUGUGGCUUUAAUGAAAGAAUUCAAGAAUCUAAUUAUUGUACAAGGUGAAGAAAUUGCUAUCGAAGAGUACAGAAUUGCAGUGGGUAUAUCAAUAGGUCUGAUGAAUUUAGGUUACGGAAAUAAGUUCAAUGGAUAUGAUGAUUCAGACUUACAAUCCACUACAUACGCAAAGGGAAAUAAACAGGGUGAAGGGGGUUCGGAUGAUUUUGGUGCCUCUCCUAAAUAUACUAUGUUUUCUAACGAUAAAUUGAUAAGCGAAUUACUUUCAAUACUAAAUGAAAAUACAGAACAAGAAAAAUCCUGGGUCCUUGAAAAUUCACAGAUUGGGUGUAUUAUAUGCCUAAUGUUUAUGUUUUUAAAAACUAAUAAUCAAGAUAUUGCAAAUGCUAUCAGAUUAAACAUUUCUGAAACUCCAACUGUUUGUAGACCUGAUUUGUACAUGUACAGAGAAUGGACAUACCAUAUGAUUCUAUGGGGCGAAAUAGAAUAUUCACUAGAAUUCAUACUCAAUGGCAUAAAUGAUACAACAUUAAACGGGAACCUUGAUAGUGACAAUCUACCCAUAUAUUACACUAUAGCUGGUAGGGUGCUUGCUAUUGGAAUUAAAUAUGCAUCCACAAAUAACCUCAAGGUUCGUAACAAUUUACUAAUUUUAAUUGAUACCUUCUUACCAUUUUAUCAAUAUUCAAAAGAAGAGAAUAGUAAUUUCGGAAGGAGUGCUGAUUUUAAACUGGCAAUAAAGGGUAUCGGGGUUCUGAUAAAUACACUGAUAGUAUCCGCUAGCAUGGUAAUGUGUGCCACCGGAGAUAUUGAGGUUCUUCGCAGAACGAAGUAUUUACAUGAAGUAGUUACCGGAAAAUUCUCUGAUUUAUAUAAGCAUAUGCCUUCCAAGGAAGAUACGGAUAGGGACAGAAUGGAUGAAACUGUGUUAUCCUCGACAGUAUCGAAUGAUGAAACGAACCCAUUAUUGGAUGUUCCAAAUGUCACUUCUGAUUUCCAAAAUGAUCUAGAUAAUGAAGAUGCCGAAAUGCUAGGGGAGGAUGGUGUUGAAGAGCAUAUAAGGAAGAAAAUCCGCGAAGAGAUUGAUAACGAGUGCCAUUAUGGUAAAUAUCUCGCAACCAAUACUGCAUUAGGAUACUUAUUCUUGGGCUCUGGGCAAUACGCAUUGAAAACUUCUAGUUUAGAAAGUGUCGCUUAUAUUGUAAUGUCAACAUUACCUCUUUACAUGGACCCCUAUCCAUUCCAAGAACUAAAACAUUUUUGGAGUUUAGCGGUAGAGCCUAGAUGCCUAGUGAUAAAAGAUGCUAUCACUAACAAACCAAUUAACUCUGUUACUGUUGAUGUGACAUACAAUACCAGCGAGGAUUCUAAACUUAACCCAUCAUAUGAGACCAUUUCAAUAACAACCCCGUGUUUACUCCCAGAUAUUACAACAUUGAAGACAAUUAAAGUAGAUAGAGAUAACUAUUACCCACUGGAAUUGGAUUUCAAAGAUUAUAUUGACACAGCUGAUUACUUCAAACAAGGUACCGUCAUCCAUAUUCAACCAAAACCUACACAAAAGAAAUCUUACAACAGUAUUAAUGACAUUCGAGGUGGCCUCCAAAAGAAGAUGGAAUCAUUUCAGGAGAAAAGAGAAAGUGAAAGUCAAAGAAUAUCAUUAAAAGAGUUAAGUAUGGAGGAUGGAGCUAUGCUAGAAUUGAAGUUAAAAUUAAGUUUAGAAACAAGAAUGAACAAGAAAUUAGACGAAUCCGAUAUUUACAACCACGAUAUGUUGUGCUCUGAUGAGAAUAGUGGCGAUGUAGCAGACUACAUGGUAGAAAUCUGGAAGAACAAUGAGGACGAUCUCUGCAGAUAA